AUGUUUCAUCUACAAGUUUUACCUUUCUUUCUUCCAUUUACCUCAACUUAUUUAUUAUUAACGGGAUUACUGCUACUCCAAAGCAAUGAUAAUAAUGUUGAAGCACAACGAGAUCGAGCUGAAGUUAAUAUCCGUGUUUCUGGUGCAUGUAGUACAGCUUAUCUAUCAAGGCGAGGAAUUGAUCCGGUAAAGUAUCGACCAAAAAUUCGAUUUAAUCCAAAUCAAAUCGUACUAACACCCAAAAUUCCUGCCAUUCCGGGAUGCAUCAAAAUUAAAGCAUCUCAUGUUGAAGUUAUACGACCAAUAAAAAAUUUAAUUGCUGAAAUUGAAAUGCGAAUUGGUGGUAUACCGGAUCCAAGUUAUCCGACAUUACCAUGUUCUGAAAAAGUUAGCAAAAGAAUUAAUCAAUGCCCAUGUGGAAAAUUAGAAAAUACCUGUGUUUUUUGCGAUUUUUGCAAACAAAUGCGAAAUCGAACAAUAAGUCAUGCGGUUUCGAGAACACGAACGAUACAAAAGGUGAAUGACAACGAUUGUCAAUGUGAGGUAUGUUAA